GACGCAGCAGGUUAGGCUGGCAGCAUCAUUUCUUCAACCCCUCUGCUUGAUCACUAUCGAUUGAAGACACACUGGUCACUGCUGGUGCUGCUCUUAACUGCAGUAACACCAGCCCCUAGUGGCCGCUGGUGCAGCUCCUGGACUGCUCCAACAUCAGCCCCCAGUGGCAUCAUGGGGCUGUUUAAUACGCUGGCCACGGCGCUCGGCCUGCGAAAGCGAGAGGUCAAUGUCAUUGUGGUGGGACUGGAUAACAGCGGCAAGUCGACGAUCCUGAACCACCUGAAGCCGGACCUGGAGCGUGCUGCCGACAUCGUGCCCACCGUCGGCUUCAACGUGGAGCGGUUCAAAGCUCAGAGUUUGGCGUUCACGGCGUUCGACAUGUCCGGCCAGGGCCGCUACCGCAACCUCUGGGAGCACUAUUACCGCGACUGUGACGCCAUUAUCUACGUGGUGGACAGCAGCGACAAGCUGCGCAUGGUGGUGGCCAAGGACGAGCUGGACGCCCUGCUGCAGCAUCCGGACAUCCGACCGCGGCGCAUCCCCCUACUCUUCUUCGCCAACAAGAUGGACCUCAAGGAGGCCAUGAGCUCCGUCAAGGUGACCAUGAUGCUCGGCUUGGAGAAGAUGGAAAACAAGCAGUUCCACAUCUGCGCCAGCAACGCCAUCACUGGCGAGGGUCUCAGCGACGGCAUCGCGUGGCUCACGCAGCAGCUGAAGGACGUCAAAGCAAAGUGAGCGGUCGGCUGCGUGAGUUGACCGUGUCUGGCGAUCGGAGGGGUGUCAGGUGGCGUGCCUAUGCAUCGGAAUGGGGUGUUUUCGUGCUGCUAAUUCUUGAUUGAUCACUCAGCCCAGACGAUGGCGAUAUCAGGCGAUCUGUUUCUCGUAUGAUCUCAUUUUCUAGUCAGGGCGGUGCGUUUUGGUGUGACGUCAACAUUGGUAAGAUGCAUGGAAGGCAUGAUAUUUGACAUUUCUGGCAGCUCCUUCUUGGUAAUCCUGCCGGGUGGCGAUAGAAGCCUGGCCUUGACUCUCAUGCGAGACACUCGCAGCUUACAGUGUGCCUCAGACAGAGCCACUUCACUUCGGUCUCGCGGUGACGUCACGACUCACAAGGGUCCGAUAUGUCACAUAACAGCGUCAUACGAUAGUGUUUUUUUCUGUUGGCUUACCUUUCGAAGCAUUCUUUGUUUCGUGCUUGGUUGUCUGGGAUAGAUGGCGUCAGGCGCCAGCUUAUGUAACAAGCCUGUUUUAUCACACUGCCGUAAUUAUGGAUUUCAUCAUGACUAGUCAUGUCUUUUUCGCUGUGAUAUAUGUCCAAUAUCCGUCCAGACCUGAAUUGUAUUCCGUCCAAGGGCUGCAACACGCCCUGCGUGACGGCGUUCCCCUCGAAUAUGUCAUUGUGCGUCACUAUGGAGACUGGAGAUCGUGUAUCUACACUGUACAGUGUAUGUGCUGUGUUCACUCGUCUCAGCCUAUUGCCGGCCCAGUGAGGCGAGGAUAACCACGGGUACAGUUUAGCUGACGUUUCCUCGUGUUGCGAACACCCUUUCAGAGGGUGUUUUCAGCGCUUUUCAGCGCUUUUCUUUUUUUCAAAAGCCCGCUUUUCAGCGGGCUUUCAGAGUCUCUUCUCGGCACCGUUUGUACUGUUUGUGAGAGUCGCGGCUCGCCUGGCUGCUGUCGCGGUACCGUCUGUCAUUGUAACUGCACCCGGGCCCGCUGUCGUUGCACCCCGGCCUCGCCGUAAGUGCUGCACCCUUGUCGCUGUCCAAACACCCCGGGUGGGAGUAAUUGCACCCCAGAUAUUCUCUAUUCGCCCGCGGCCCUGGGUAUGCUGUCGCGGGCUGUCGGGGCGUGCGCCCAUCUGUCAGGCUGUUGUGAUGUCACAGUGUGAGUCUGAUAAAUUAUGGGUUAAUACACCAGCAUGAGAGA